GGUGACCUCGCUCUGCUCUGCCUUCUUCCUUCAAACAGCACGGAGCUAUGCCUAUGCAGGUGCAGGCCACGCAUGGCUCUGAAAGACUACUAGAGCUGCGCGAUGCGGCCGCCAACGAUGCCCCGCGGGGCGCCGGCGGGCCACGCCGGGCGUAGGCUCGGCCCCGGCGUCCUGAGGCUGCUGCAGGCGCCGGCCGUGGUGGCGCUGGCCGCGACGCUCGCGGUCUCGGCGCCCGCGCCUCCGGGUCCGGGGUCGUCGGAGCCGCUGUGCAACCUCCCGCCGACGCUGUCCGGCGACGAGGGCGGGCGGCAGGGGGAGACCAACAGGAUCCGGCACCCCAAGUCGGACCGCGCGGCGCGCUGCACCUCAAAGUGCGUCAGCACCUGCGUCCUCGGCGGCUACGGCGCGCCGGGCGUCGCCGGGCCCUUCAACAUCCGGAGGCCCCUGGUGGUGUUCAAGGACACUUUCCGCAGCCGGCAGUACUGCCUGGUCGAGUGUUCAGACAUCUGCAAUCUGCUCCAGGAUGGCGAAGAUGACCAGUGAGAUCGAUGGAUACAACAAGACAAGCUCUUGCAUUCCAUGGCGUGCCCUGACUGAGCUAGGCCGGCAACGGAGGCCCUGGCAGGUCGGUCGGUCUGCGCUCCCGAUUGCCCGCUCCACACAAUUCCAAGGGUGGAAAUGCCAUGCGAGGCGGAGCUCUUUAGCUAGAUGGAACAUGGAAGAAGAUAGCUUAGAUACUAGAACUCGAGUCACCGCUAUUCACUUGCUCUCUGUAACAGAUAGCUUGUGUGAGCUAUCAAGGAAAGUUAUGCAGCACAGCAGAAGCAGUCAUGGUCUCUCCAAAUUCACUGUUACUUGAUGCUGCUGGCGUGUAAAUCUGAUUGUCUGGUGAAAUAGAGGGGAGUGACGGAUUCACAUGAUUU